GUGGUGUGCGAUAAUCCCGAAUAAAGAAAUGUGCUGGGCACUCUCAUGCAUCCACUCAGAAGACCAAACUGGAAUCUUGUCCUAACGUUACGUGCCACGCGUUAGUCGGGAAGUCAGCUACGAUGCCAGGGUAUUAUAAUCCUUCAAUGAAGAUUUGACAUGUAGAUCAGGAUGCUUCACAGAAGCUCAUCAUCACGCCGUCGUCGGACUUCGCGUAGCGCGGCACCAUCGUCGCAAAACAGAGGUUCCCGAUCUGCGGGGACGAGUCCCGGGCGACGCGCAAGCAUAGCCGUUUCACCUGUGGAUAGUGAAAGUGCUUCGCGAAGUAUAUUAGGAGCAGAUCUAAAUCGUAGUCCUCGACCAAGUAUUGUUCCUGACAUAUCACUGGAUAACCAUGAUUGUGGAGAAGACGGGCCCAUUGGAAGGAGCCCGAGGCAUAGUUUAGUUCCAGAUUCGGCCUUAAGUCCGAGGAAUAGUCUAGUUCCGGAUGCCGCAGUAUUAAGGAUGCAAAGGCACAGUUUAGUACCGGGUGAAAAUUAUUCCAGAAGUCCCCGUAAUAGUCUCAUUCCGGAAGCAGCGUUUAGUCCGCGGAACAGCCUUGUGCCCGAUACCUUUAAUAGAAGUCCUAGAAAUAGUUUAGUGCCUGAAAGUGUAAAUAAUAAAAGAAACAGUUUAGUGCCAGAAGUAAGUCGAAGUCCUAGACAUAGUCUCGUUCCUGACAAUAAUAUAGGCAGCUCUAGAUUAAGUUUGGCGCCUGAUUUCAAUAGAAGUCCAAGAAAUAGUUUAAUUCCCGAUACGAAUAGAAGUCCUCGACCAAGUUUAACGCCUUCAGACUCUCAAAUUUGGAACGCGAAAGUUAGUCCAAGUGAAGAACUGCGAAGUCCUCGUCACAGCAUUAUACCUGAUGGAAAUCGUAGCCCUCGAGGAAGUAUAGCACCCGAAAGUAUAUUUUUGAAGAAUAGCCCUAGGGGAAGUAUAUGUAGUGAGUACCAAGGUGAUCGAAGUCCACGGGGGAGCAUAGGUGGAGAGACUAAUCACAAUCGAAGUCCGCGUGGGAGCAUCGCACGAAAUUUAACGGCAGAUUCCAAUGAUGCGGGACGAAGUCCUCGAGGCAGCUUAACGUUAACCUUUCAAGAGCCUUUAGUAACAGAAAGGCGAGCCAGUGCAGAUAAUGCUGGUAAGUAUCAUUCCGUUCAAAUUUAUCACAGAAUUACGUUUCGAAAGUAA